GGCAGUUACGAAGAAUGUGAUGAGGUUCAACAUCUUUGUAUCACCACAUUUCAAAUUGUUCAAGGAAUGAUCGAGACCUUACAUUCAACUGUUCUUCCUGUGAAAAUCGAUGUCCAUAAAUGGUUCAUGCUUACGCUCGGCUUUACUCCAGAGUGCGGGGAUUAUGAACCCAUAGACGAUAAGAGUGCAGCAAGCAUGAAGCAGCCAGAACAAGAAGAUGAAACCAUUUUGGAUGAGAAUUCUUUGAUGCAUGAGAAAGAAGCCAAACAUGAAGUAGCCUUCACGCAUCAUGAAAAAGCAAACCAGAAUAAACGCAAGAAUGCAAACGGAAUAAUUAAAAACAAAAGAAAAAGAAAAGGCGGAUGGAAGGAGGGAUCACAUGUAACCAAAAAAAAGAAAGUGGGAUUACAGGUAGUAGAAAACAACCUGUAAUGUGAGUACUUGAGGAGCAGAGCUGGGAAUCCGUACAUCUUUGAUUAGAUAUUAUUGAGGCAUUUUACUGCCAUCUUUUGUUCACUGUUGAU